AUGUCCACAACCGAGCCCAUCCACCGCCGCCCAGAAGGCGACACCUGCGGCAUUUAUCUCGGCAUCAGCAAGCCCGAAUCACGCUACGGCGGCCGCUGGGUCCUAACCCUCGAAUGGUCGAUCCCCGAGCUCACAACCACAACCUACAGCGCCUACUACGCCGUCGGCAGCCCGUUCCGCGAGAACCCAUAUGCCCACGAGCAGAUCAACGACGGGGCGUGCGCCGAGACCCAGGAGACAUUUUCCGAGUUCUACCUGCUCGCCAUGCUGCAGGGGGAGCGGAUUCAGACGUUUCUGGAUGCGUUUUUUGAGACGCGCGCCGGGCCGAGCAAGUACUUUAUCCUGCGGGUUGUGUUUGGGCUUUGGGAGAGGGGGAUUGUGGAGAGUGCGGUUGUUGAUGUCUUGCUUGGGAUGGUGGAUGAGAUGGGGUAUGAGGGUGGAGAGGCGGAGUAUUAUUAUUAUAAUCUUGCUGCUGUGGAUUAUUUUUUUUUGAGGGAGGAUGUGCGCGGGAGUGGGUUUCGGGUUGGGAGGGGGGUUGAUGAUGAUGAUGAUCUUAGGGGUGAAUUUGGGCAUGGACGCUCCGAGAGGAAUGAGGAGAAUCAGGACGAUGAGUUGGAGGAGGACAUUGAUGAGCUGGAUGUGGCAGCCGAUCGGUUGGCUUUGAGUACACUUGGGCUGCCCAAAGCUCCAUCACAGAGAUCCACUAGUUCAGGAUUCGCUGAAGGACUGCCUAUGUGA